UGAACCUUGAAAAUAAACAAAAUAAACAUGAGACAUUUACUGCUGUAUAUAUUUCCAUUUCGCGAGUGUAUAGGAAAUUGAAUCCAAAAUAUCAAGCAACAUUCCAUAUGAAGACUUUACAACCAUAUCAGAACGUAGAAUAUGAAACGAUGGAUAACGACGAAAAUAAAUUAGGUAAAUUAUCAGAAGAGUCUUUAAGGCGUAAGGAACGUUUGCGGCAAUUGCGAGAGAAAGCUAAUAAAAUUGAUAAAGAAACAAACAGCGAAGCAGCAGAUAAACUUCCAAAACCCAUUUUCAGAAGUUAUAAACCCCAAAAUGAAAAUACAGAAGGUGAAGUUUUAGAGCAAGAACCAUCGGGUGACAUUGAGAAAGCUGUGGAAGAUCAACUCGAACUUUUGCGUCAACCUAUGGUUAUUGACGAAAUUGAUAUAGCAAAUUUGGCGCCAAGAAAACCUGACUGGGAUUUAAAACGUGAUGUGGCAAAAAAAUUAGAGCGUUUGGAACGGCGAACACAGAAGGCGAUUGCGGAGUUAAUACGAGAACGAUUGAAGAAAAACCAAUCCGACCAAGAAUUCUUUCAGGCUGUCAAUGUUGGCACAGCACACGCUGGUGAGACAACUGUGGGCGUAGACGAUUAGUUAGUAUCAAACAUAAAUUAUAGUUUUAUAUAUUAUAUAAAAUUUCAUUAAAUAACAGAACUUGUACAAAAUUACGGUGUGUAUUAAAUUGCAAAAAGAAAUAA